AUGGCGGCGACAGAUGCAACUGGCCAUUCAGGUGAGCACAAGGCGAAGCCCCCAUCUUCAAUGACACAAAUUCCAUCAUCAUCAAAAUCUAUUGAGCAGGACGCUUUAUCUGUUGUCCUUGUGACAGCGGGCUACGACCACACAAUCCGGUUUUGGGAGGCUUGGUCUGGCCUGUGCUCACAGACCAUUCAGUAUUCUGAUUCACAGGUGAACCGUCUCGCUAUCUCUCCUAACAAGCGCAUCGUAGCUGUAGCUGGCAAUGGUACUGUGCGGCUCUAUGAAUGCAGCCCAGCUGCGGCUAUGAUGUCUCAUUCUGAUACACCCAGCCGCGGAGCCAGCGUGUCACCGAUCAGUAGCUUUGAUGGUCAUUACGGUAAUGUGACAUCCAUUGCAUGGCACUGUGAUGGAAAGUGGCUUGUCAGUGGUGGUGAGGAUGGAACGAUCAAGAUCUGGGAUACACGCACUUCACGGCCGCAGCGUGUGUAUGACCACAAGUCGCCGGUGAAUGAUGUUGUCAUCCAUCCGAAUCAAGGAGAGUUGGCUUCGUGUGAUCAGAGUGGUAGCGUGAAGAUUUGGGAUUUGGGCGAGAAUAAAUGCAGUCAUGAGCUAAUCCCGGAAGAAGACGUGCCCAUGCGGUCCGUUUCGAUUGCUUCCGAUGGCUCUUGUCUCGUGGCAGCCAACAACAAAGGUCGUGUGUAUGUAUGGAAGAUGCGAAGCGGCGUAGCAGAAGAUGAUCAACAUGAGCAUACGGAGCUGGAGCCAGUGACAAAAUUUCAAGCCCAUGAUACCUAUAUUACUCGAUGCGCCCUUAGUCCUGACGCGCGAUACCUGGCCACAUGCUCUGCCGACACCACAGUCAAACUUUGGUCAACGUCACAGUACCGAUUCGCGCUCAACAAGGUAUUACAAGGGCAUCAAAGAUGGGUUUGGGAUGUGUCUUUUAGCGCUGAUAGCGCAUAUCUUGUAUCGGCAUCAUCCGACCAUGUAGCCCGCUUGUGGGAAUUGUCGAGCGGCAAGACCAUGCGGCAGUACAACGGUCAUCAUCGUGCAGCAGUGUGUGUUGCACUGAACGACACGAGCUUGGAACCGUAA